AGGAUAAGGUCAAGGCUCAGAGAUUCGUGAUUCUCGAAGUUUCGAAUGAAUUCGCAAGGAUUUUUCGUACAGUUUGGGAACGUCGCGAGAAAAGGUAAAAUUUACAUGUAUAGCUUGGAAUGAAUUAUGCAUCGUAUCAGCGAGCUUGCCGCUGCAUUUUUAAACGCGAGAUCUCGCGUGUACAAGCCGAAAAAAGUGUCAAUAACCCCUUUGGCGUUUCACGUAUCUCUCGAGUUUCUUCGAUCAACUCUUAUAUCGUCCAAAAAGCAGCUCUCUCCCACCUGGGAAAAGGAACCUCGUCCGCAGCUUAUUCUCUCGGACGUAAAACCGGCUAUUGGCCCCAUCGCGAUCGUCUCCAGCAGCAACAGCUCAACAGCUAUGUACUCACACAAACACACACACAGGAUCCACUUACAGAGGGACGUGCAACGCGCUUCUGAUGGGGCCAACGUCCGAGCUUGGCCCCUGCUGUUCUCGCGCGGUCGCUGAUCCACGGCCCUCCUCUAUGAGGUUCCUACCCCCGAUGGUUCAACGCACCUUUCUCUCUCUCUCUUGGGUUCGAUGAUUUCCGGAGUUGUGAAUCUCAUUGUCUCGCGCUGCGUUGCGCUGAAACUUGAAAUCCAAGCUCUAUACCGAUCGGUGGCUCAAAGCCGAGAGAUGUAUUAGAUACGCAUAAUAAAUAUUUUUCGAAAAAAGCUCAGAGCGCGCGCGGUCAAAGAUAGAAACGAAGAGGUAUUUAACCAGUCGGAGCCUCGCACAGUCGCACGGGGGCAGGUAUAGGCUCCGCCUCGCGGGUCCUUGAACUUGGCCGCGGCGCGAAAGAGAGGGAAGCUCGACGUUCCGAUAGACGAGCUCCGAGCGACCGGGCGCAAAGCAACGCCGAGUCUCGAAGCGGCAGGACAGCUACACACACGCUGCUUCGCAUCUGCCAGGAAAGACUUCGAGUUACAGGCGAGACAAUGGAGACGAGCAUCAACAUGCGAAUCUUCAAGACGAUCCUGCUGGUGAUCGCAUUGGCCGCGGUGAGCGUGGAUGCAAGCCCUUUGCUGCAUUACACGCGCGAUCGCGAUUCCAGGCCUGCCGAUCGCAACGAGCCUUCCGCCCCCGUCGAGCUCAAGAAGGACGCGACGGACCACUACGAUCAGCGCCAGAACGGCACCGAAAACUACAGGGUCAAAGUGGACGGACUGGUCUUCAUCAUGGCACCCGCCGACUCUCUUCUACUGGCAGGUGCCGCGCUUGAGCCUUCCAACUUCAACUUCGAACAACUUCUAGGCGACGCUAACAAGCCCAUCAGUAAGCCGAAACCGGACGAUGACGCGCCUCAGCCCAAGCCUCAGAAGGAUAGCAUCCCGAAAUCCUCGCACCACGAUCCCAUACACGCUGGGCACAAGUCCGUUCUUCGCAUCUCCAACUUGAUAGCACCCUUCCUCAAGCGAAUGCAUCAUUCUCAACAGUCCACGAAAUAAGCCUCCCGCUAAUAAAUGCUGCUUUUUAUAAUGAAGUAUUAUAUCCUUAAUCAUCGAUCGCACUGUGCGUUGUAUUUAAAGCAUUCCUAAAACUCAUGUAAAAGUGAUAAAUUAGAAUAAGACUUUCUUUAUAAGUGAUACUAGAUACACAUUCUUAAAUGUUAUACAUAAAUUAAAUAUAUAGCUUUAAAGCCGUUCAUAAAAACAAAUGAAAUAAAUGACUGCUUUUAUA